UACUUUAUAUUUAGGCGCGCGCUUGCGCGCGUACAUAACUCUAGUUUCACUUAAAAACGAUUCACGAACAUGGCCUUGUCACACAAAACACGAGUGAUGAUGUAGUAUAAUCCGGACAAAACAUAACCAAGAAUCACUUCUCCAGGUGGAAAGUAGUUGUGAAUCCAUAUUUAGAAAUAAAUUAUUAUUCAUUUGUUUUUUACUUGACACGAUGGAAAUUCAAAAUUUGAAAACCCCGUUCGGUAAAUUUCUUUCUGGAAAAUAUGAAAAGAGCUUCGCUUAUAAAACGAUAAAGGAUCGCUUGCCUGUCAUCAUCACAAGUAUUAUUGAUAAUAUAAGCCAAUGCAAAGAUUCAAUAAUUACAAAAUAUGGUUCGAAUUGUUCUGAGGAGCUAAAACAAGUAAUAGGGCAAUUGAGUGAACUAAAAAGUGAAAUGAUGACAAAUAAACCAUUAAAAUUUAUGAGUUCAUCUGAAAAUGGGAAAGAAGAUAUCUCAAAAUGGAAUGAGUGUAUUAAAAAUCAACAAUUUAAAAACGCAAAUUUGUCUACAUGGUAUAAUUCUGUAUGGUUAUUCAGUGAAUGUUAUAUGUAUCGUCGAGUAGCUCAUAUUUUUUUAUCAACAACUACGUUAUUGACUUACGAUUAUUUUGAAAAACAAAAGCACGAUAAUUUUACUACAUCUCUAGAAACAAUUUCUGUGUUAGCGAAUUACACUAUGAAGGUGUUGAAUGAAUCAGAAAGUAAUUUAAUUGAUAAUCAAAAAAAUUGUUUUACAAAUCUCCUGAAAUCAGCUCUUUGGGGAAAUAAAUGUGACCUAUCUCUGAGCCAAGGUAGUGCAGUUAAAAUAGAAGACAUGGUAGAUCAAACAAAGACGUUAGAUGAAAAUAUUUUAAUUGAUCAUAGUGAUUUAAUUUGGACUCGUCUUAAUCAUUUUCGUGCUGAUAAAAAAGGCACUACCAUAGACAUCUUUCUGGACAAUGCAGGAUAUGAAUUAUUCACUGAUUUUUGUAUCGCUGCAUUCUUAAUCGAAAAUAAUUUCGCUAAAAAAAUUAGGUUUUAUGUGAAAAGUAUUCCCUGGUUUGUCAGUGAUGUAACUGAACGGGAUUUAUUUUGGACAAUUGACACUAUGAAAAAUUCAAAUCAUAAAAAUUUAAUGAAAUUGGGUCAUCGUUGUUCAAAGUAUCUAGAAGAUAAUAAAUGGACUGUUGAAAUUGAAUCUUUUUGGACAGAACCAUAUGAUUUUUCACAAAUGAAAGUGGAAUCACUACCGCUGUAUAAUAAGCUAUCUGAAGCUAUUUUAAUUAUAUUUAAAGGAGAUUUAAAUUAUCGAAAACUAAUGGGAGAUAUCAACUGGGACUAUGAAACUGAUUUGAAAACAGCACUCCGAGGAUUUCAGCCGACUAAUAUAGUAACAUUAAGAACAGUAAAAGCUGAUUUGAUUGUCGGCGUGCCUCAUAAAAAAGUAAAUGAACUAUUUUGUAAACAAGAAAAUUGGAUGGAAACCGGCCAAUACGGUCUCAUUCAUUCCUACUUCGUUGAUCAUAAUUUAUAAAAAAACAACUUUACUUUAAAAUUAAUAUUUUCUGUAAAAUACAGAGUGGGAAUGUAAAUAUUGUAUGAGCGUCUUAUUUUAUUGAUUUAUUUCAUAAUAUUAAUGAUUAAAAAUAAAACAUGAUCUUGUCUAUGUAAAA